AUGAGUUUGCAACAAGCGGAGGAUGAAAGCCUCCGAGACUAUCUGACUCGCUUCAGCAAUGAGUCGUCCAGAAUCACAAGUCUGGAUCAGGGCCUAGCCGUGUUUGCGCUGCGGAAUGACUUACAAGCUGGCAAGUUCCUUGACUUCAUGGUCAUGCAUCCCCCGCAGACUUUGGAGGAAGCUUUGGACGCCUCAGAUAAAUAUAUCGGAGCCGAAGAGUGGAACAAGAAAAAAUCCCAGUCCCAAUCUAGGGCCGGGAAAGCAAAAGGACAGGUGUCCGAAGGCCAAGGGCCGAGGAGAGGGAAGGCGAAAGCCUCAAAAUCGUCCUCGGCACCUGAGCCGAAAAAAGAUAGGACCCCCUAUACAAGAAGCACAACCAAAGACAAGGGGAGGUUCAAGAAACCAAGGCCACUCCCACCGUGGCAUCAACAAAAGGGUAAGGAUCGAUGGUGCGAGUUCCAUGAAUCCAUUGGAUAUCGCACCGAGGACUGCCUUCAGCAGAAAGAUCAGAUCAAGGAUCUAGUUCAGAAGGGCUACUUGAAAAAGUAUCUCGCGGCAGAGAAAAAAGCUGAAAAGGAUCCUCGGCAAGAACUUGAUAUAUCUCGGAAAAAGGACAAAUCACAAGGCAAAGAAACUCUUGAUAUCCUUGUCAUUUCCGGGGGAACUUCUCAGAAUGCAGUGAAACGUCACUUGAGGGGCUUGACCCAUCAAGUGAAUCACGCAGACAUCCGAGCGCCUCAGUCUCCGGUGCCGAACAUUCUGUUCACAGCCGAAGACUGCAAGGGGUUGGUAUAUUCCCAUGAAGACCCGUUAGCAAUUGUGACGGGCAUUGCAAAUCAUAACGUCUGUCAAUCUCUCGUCGACGGUGGUAGUGGGGCGAAUAUCCUCUUUCGAGGAGCAUUCGACUAG